CGAAUUUUAAAAGGUACGUAAUGCAAGUUUAUGGAAAGCAGCUAAAGUUGGACCGAUGGGUCUCAAUAAAAGUAAGCAAAAUUUACUGCAUAACUAUUCUGCAUACUAUUUCUCAUGGCAAGGAUGAAAUAGUUUUCAUUUGUACUAUAAGCUCUGGAGCCAUCUGAAAUAACGCUAGAUGAUCAGAGAUAGUUCUAUUCCAUUUGUGGUUGGGUGGCUUGCACAACUGUUGCUAAUCCUGAUCUCAUUUUGAGAAUGAAUGCAGACUGAAGCACAUACUGGUUUUCCUUGCAAAUUGUGUCUGUGAUAAGAUCUGAGAAAGAAGUGAAUUGUUCACUAAAAACUUAAUCUUUUUAGUAAUUGUGUCAACAAAUUAUAGAAUAUACUAUAUACUACAUCAUGACAAGAGCAGAUAAAACUGCACAAGAGUGGAAGGAAAAAGGUAACGAGGAAUUCAACAAAGACAAUUGGUCAGAGGCUUUAGAUUGCUAUACAAAUGCACUGAAACUAACAAAGGAAGACAAUUCUGAUAAAGCAGUGUACUAUAAAAAUCGGGCUGCUGCUUAUUUAAAGUUAAAAGAAUAUGAGAACGUAAUUGCAGACUGUGAUAAUGCCUUAAAAAUAUGCUCUAAUGAUCCCAAGGCAUUGUUUCGUAGAUGUCAAGCACUAGAGGCAUUAGAGAAAUUUGAGGAAGCAUAUCGGGAUGCAAGAUAUAUCAUUUUAUCCGAUCCUAAUAACAAAUCUAUUCAACCUAUAGCUACACGUUUACAUGAAAUUGUACAGGAACGUUAUAAAGAAAGUUCACGCAUCAGUGCUAAGGUAUCGCAAAUGCUGGAUCUGGCCUUUAAUAUGAGCAUAGAUAAAGAGAAACGUGAGACCGCCAUGAAUAAUUUACUUGUGCUUGCACGUGAAAGAGCUGGUGCUGAGGAAAUCUUCAAUGAAGGAGGUGUCUCCAAGAUCACGAAACUUCUGAAAAUCGAAAACAACAAUGAAGUGACUUGUAGCGCGAUCCGUAUUAUAGCCGAAUUGUGUGCAAACAACGUCAGUCGAACUGAAUCCAUCAUAAGAGAUGUCGGUGUACCUUGGUGCCUGGAAAUGAUGAAUAGUAAACAAAAAGAGAGAGUUAAUGCGUCGCAAUAUUGCUUACAGACCAUAUUGAAUGCUUACAGCGGUAUGGAUAAUAAACCUGAUUCGAAACCUAACAAGACUUUGUGCGAGAAGCAUAAGAAGGAGAUAGACACGAUCUUGACAUGCUUGCUGUAUAGCGUAACAAACAGAACGAUAACGGGUCUGGCGAGAGACGCGAUAAUAGAGCUCAUUACGCGUAAUAUUCAUUACACUGCAUUGGACUGGGCCGAGCGGUUGAUUGAGCUUCGUGGUCUGCAAAGAUUAAUGGAGGUAGCCAGUGAACUGGAAGAAUACAAGUACGAAUCUUCGAUGGAAGUUACAUCUUCUACACGAACUAUCACCAGCGUGUGUUUAGCCAGAAUAUAUGAGAAUAUGUACUAUGACGCUGCCAAGGAGAAAUUUAGUAACGCCAUUGAUGAAUUUAUUAAAGAUAAAUUGCUUACACCAGAUAUAGAGUCUAAGGUGCGUGUGGUAGUUUCGAUAACGACUUUAUUGCUGGGUCCGUUGGACGUCGGGAACGCGAUAGUGGCUAAGGAAGGGAUUCUAGAGAUGAUUCUCGUUAUGGCGGGGACGGACGACAUGUUACAGCAGAAAGUCGCGUGCGAGUGCAUUGUCGCCGCUGCGUCGAAGAAGGACAAAGCCACUGCAAUUAUAAAUCAGGGUGUGAGCAUAUUGAAGAAAUUAUAUCAGUCCAAAGACGACUCGAUUCGGGUACGAGCGUUGGUUGGAUUGUGCAAGUUGGGUAGUUCCGGUGGCACGGACGCGACCAUCAGACCGUUUGCGGACGGAGCGACGAAGAAAUUGGCCGAGGCUUGCCGGCGAUUCUUGAUCAAUCCCAAAAAGCAGAAAGACAUGAGGAAAUGGGCUGUGGAAGGUCUAUCGUAUCUCACCUUUGACGCCGAAGUCAAAGAGAAAUUAAUCGAAGAUCAGCAAGCCGUUCAGGCAAUGAUCGAACUUGCCAAGACCGGAGAUCAGUCGGUUCUUUACGGCGUGGUCACGACACUGGUGAAUCUGUGCAACGCUUACGACAAGCAAGAACUCAUACCCGAAAUGCUCGAGCUGGCGAAGUUCGCGAAACAUCAUAUACCUGAGGAGCACGAGCUCGACGAUGUUGAUUUUGUGAAUAAGAGACUGUGCUCGUUGGCCAAGGCUGGCGUGACUAGCGCCCUAGUCACCCUCGCUAAAACUGACAGCCAGAACAGCAAGGAAUUAAUAGCGCGCGUUUUCAAUGCGAUAUGCAGUCAACAGGAAGUGAGAGGUAUUAUUGUUCAACAAGGUGCCGCGAAAACGCUGCUGCCGUUGGCGUUGGAUGGCACGGACAAGGGUAAGAAACAAGCUUCGCAAGCCCUAGCUCGUCUAGGGAUCACAAUCAAUCCGGAGGUCGCGUUUCCUGGCCAAAGGAUCAUGGAGGUAGUGCGACCGUUCGUAAAUCUCCUGAACCCGGAGUGCUCGGCGCUCGAAAACUUCGAGAGUCUGAUGGCCCUGUGCAAUUUGGCCGGUGUCAAUGAUAGCGUGCGGAAACGCAUACUGAAGGAAGGCGGUUUUCAGAAGAUCGAGGCCUACAUGUAUGAGGAUCACGACAUGUUGAGACGAGCGUCCACGCAGGUGAUGAACAAUCUGGUAAUGUGCGAAGAGACCGUGCAAUAUUUCGAGCAGGAGAACGACAGAGUCAAAUAUCUCGUGAUACUUUGCGAGGACGAGGAUCAGGACACUAGUAUGGCGGCGGCUGGAGCAUUGGCGAUGCUCACAUCGGCGAGCAAGAAAAUUUGCGAGAAAAUUUUCGACUCGACGAAUUGGGCGGAAUCUCUGCGCUUCUUGCUCGCUAAUCCGAACGGCGAUGUGCAGCAUCGAGGCGUCGUGAUAGUGCUAAAUAUGAUGAGAAGCACGAAGGACGUCGCCGCGAAGCUCAUUGAUACGGAUAUAAUGGAGAUACUAAUGGCGUUGAGCAAGAACGAAAAUGUGCAGAAUGAUAAAGUCAAGGAAUUGACGACUACUGCUUUAGACGCCGCUGCUGAAUGGAAUCUAAUCAAGAAAAACGUCGAAGAGGAAGAAUCGUCACAAGGCACUAGUAACACAGAACAUAUCGAUUGAGGACAUUGAUAUGUGCAUAAGACGUUUGAAUAUUAAUUUAAUAUAGAGUCUGAAUAUCGUGUAUUUAAAAAUCAAGUGUCUUAAAUCAUAUACACACACAUAUAUAUAUGUGUGCGUAUGUAUGUAUGUACGUAUAUGUAUUACAGUUUAGUCUUUGCAAUUUUAUAAUUUUAAAUAUAUUUAAUGUUAUAUAUUUAUAUAACAAUAGUUUUGUGUAAUUGAUAUUUAUAUAUAUUUAUAUAGAUUAAAUAUAUGAUUAAUAUUUUCGUGUGACUUGUGUCUUGAUAAUUUGCCAAAUUAUCAAAGUUUAAAGUAUCUACUUAUAAAAAUAUUUAACAGGUGAUACAUAUUCAAAGAAAUUGUAAAUUAUUGGGUUGAGCUAUCUAUAAAUAACAUUUAACAAACAUAAAAUUAAAACGCAUAACAAUAAAAUGGAAUACCAUUAAGGUAUUUAUUUGUACGCUAAUGAUAUAUAUGCGCGUGAAAAAUAUAUAUACAUAUAAAGUUUGAAUUAAAUAUACUUAGUUUUAUAAAUAUUUUACAGUGUUUUGUAUAUAUCACGAACUCAAAAAUGGGUGAGAUAAUGCUUGCUCUGCAGUGAUACGUGUUUUGUAGUCUAGGUCUAGAAGUUUCGUCAAAAGAUGAUACGCUUCCUUGGGAUAUUCGAUAUCUGGCAAUACCUUAAAAAAUUUCACCAGUAAUUUCAA